GUUGGUAAACCAAAGAAUGUAACCAUAACAACAAUGAACCUGAACAGUACAGCAACAUGGCAACCUCCUGUUGAUGUUAACGUCAACAUGCUACCGCUUGUAACGUAUUCGGUGAAAGCAGGAGAAUUUAAUGGAAGAAUGAAACCUGUACCAGGAUGUCAGGAUAUAAGUGAACUUGAAUGUCACAUCGGCGUUUUUGGAAAAAAUGAAUGGUACUAUGACGAAAUUGACAAAGGUGUUGUUGAAGUCACGGCGAGUAUUCUGGGUUAUACGAGUGAACCAAGUUCUGCAAAGCAGAACCUCCUAGUUGAAGGUUUGCAACACAUAUAUUCGUGAAAAAAUAAAAGUAUCAUUAUAUUUUCAUAUUUUAAAUAUCCACU